GUACCUCGCUCGUCACACACGGAACAGCUCUGUGCAUUUUCUGUCGCUGAAGCGGCUGAAAGUUUACUGGAGGGUGCCCCUGCCUCGCCAGUCGCAUGGUCGCGCCCGCCGCCACGCGCCGCGCUCACCGACAUGGAUCUCAUUAUGUCCCUAGUACUGCUGCUGGUAUGCGCGCAGUCCCACUGCGAGCCAUUGAGAGAUGCGGUGCAGCGACGGAGCGAUGUGCUGGGAAUCUACGCCAGCGAGUUCGCCGGCGGAUACGAACCCAUGGCCUUCGCAGCCGUCCCACUACACGCCCCCCUGCCGAUCGUCCACAUCGUGUCCACAGCGCCGCUGCCAAUAACUCGCUACCCACCAACUCAACGCCAACGACCAACAUCAACCAGCCUCACUCCGGCUUACAGCCAUCAUGUCUCCUCAUAUGUACAAGCUCCAACUUCGCUCGCGACUUCUUACAGCCGGCAAACUCACUACCGCCCAACAUACCCUCAACAAUCAGGGACGUACAUCCAACACCCUGAACCCUACCAUCCGCAGUCGAUGACGAUAAUUCAGAAACAAGGGACAUUUGAUCAUCAACCGUUAUAUCGACUACCGAAUAUUUACGCCGCUUCUAUACCGCAUCCGAUGAACACUGAACCAACAGAAGCAGAAGACGAUGCCCCGACCAUAUUAUACGCAAGGCCUCAACCAGAAGGUGGUUACACGUACCAUCGAAAGCCCAGCAAGAGACGAGUGCCGCCGAAGAAAAGAGAACCAGUCAUCAUUAGGGUGCAUAAGUAUAGAGUUGUGAAGGGCAGAUAAAUACGACCGAUAAUAGCAUUGUUUUGUACCUUUAUGUGCUUCCAAUUUUGUACCUUCUUAGUCAAACUCAGUCAAUGGUAUUAUUUUGUAGAUAGAAUACUAGAUAUUGGAAUUAAUGUAACAUAGUUUGUAUUUAUUACGUAGGUACCUAGGUAUAAAAUUUGCUGUAAGCUUAAUAAUCGACCAAAUAAGUAGGUAGUUAUUUUACUUGUGUGCAUUUACUAAAUGCAUGUUUCAGUAGCCUAUUAUUUGAAGUGAUCCUUCAGUAAUGCUGUAUCUGCGCGAGACUCAUUAGGAGAGCGAAAAAAAGUAAUCCAGUAAUCUAAUUAGAAAAAAAUAAGCAUUAUGUAUCUAUUAUUUAUUACUUGCGACCAUGUAGAUGCUCCGGAGUACCUAAUCUUGCGACAUUGAAAUUUUAAAAUUAAAUUUUU